GUGUUUCCUGUAGAGCAUGCGAAUGGUUCCCCCAAAAAAAUCUUCUGCCCCGGGCGCUUUUUUUAUUUUUUUGUUUUUACCUCUUACAGAAGCUCGGUGCCCUGAGCGCUGAGCUCCUCAGGCGGGGCAGAGGCUCCAUCGUUCUUCUUGCCAAUUGCCAUGGCCCAGAUCAGCGAAGCCUCCUCCCCCCGGACCUCCUCCUCCUCCGUCCCCUCUCCCGCUCACGGCGGCAGGGCCACGGCGGAAGAGGUGUGGGAGGAGAUCAGUCUCGGCAGCCUCAGCCGAGACCCGCCUGACCCACUGAUCUCCCUCGCCCCCAACUCCCUCUCCCUCCACAACAUCCUCAACUCCCGCGCCGCCGUCGCCGCAGCAGCCGCUUCGACCGCCGCCGCCGUUUCUGCCGCCGCCGCGGCCGCUAACACCGAUGGCGGCGCCGGGAACGCUGUCGCCGUCGACCCCCGCAAGAAACGAAUGAUGAAGAAUCGCGAGUCGGCGGCCCGAUCCAGGGCUCGGAAACAGGCUUACGCAAACGAGCUGGAGAAGGAAGUGGAUCAUCUCGCGAAGGAGAACAGGAGGCUCAAGUUCAAGUAUGAAAUGCUGCUUAAGCAAACCCUUGCUGCUGGACUUCCUGAGGUCAAGAAGAGGAAGAUCCAAAGAACUGUAUCUGCUUCGUUCUAAAACAGAGACCUCUGAGCACCAACGCAUGAAACUCAACUGUCGCUGUAUUGAUUGUCUUCGCGUUUGGUUUCUUGGCUGAAGAUGAUGUGAGUCUCGCUGUUUCCCAUUUUUUUACAAGUUCCUAAGUAAAAGUAUUAUUAUUAUUAUUAUUAUUAUUAUUAUUAAUGCGCCAUUAUUUGUCACGAAUAAUAUUUUAAAGAUUCAUAUGCCAUCGGUGCAGAGCGUGGACCAUUAGCGCCCUAUCAAAUUAUGUCCUGUCACUUUCGAACUUCAUGGCGCAUAUUAUCUUGUACAUAUUUCAAUUGAUGUCUGCCCCAAAGUGAUUUUUUUUUCCCUUUA